UUUUCUUUUAGGUCAUUCGAUCGAGUCUUGUAGUUUAGCUCGAAUAUUUCCUGUUCAGGGUUUCCAAAAAUUUAAACUUCGUGCAAAGAGUCUAAACUUCUUGCAAUCUCGUACGCAACAUAAACAUUUUGGCCAGAAUGAGGAGUCUCAGAUUUUAAGACACUUUAAAGUCCUUAAUGAACAUCUUAACAAUGACAUUGUAUUUGAAAGAGCCACAGCAGCUUCAGUGACGUACGACAAAAACGGCAUGGCAUUUAAGAUCGAUCUACGAAAAAGCCCAAUCAAGGGACGUAUUAUACGGGCGUCAUUGCAAAUAGUAGUUCGCAUGCAGGUCUCACGCGGUUCAGCAAAACAGUGUUUAUAUCGCCGUGUCGUAGGCAAAACUGUUGCAGGCAUUAUCGCAUUAUUGGGUUUUGUGUUUAUGAUCGGGCAAGGGUCUUCUGAAGCUAAAGCAUCUUGCGCUGACACUUUCGUCAAGUAUUUCGAAGACAACACCGUUGCGUGGAAAAGGGUUAAUCAUCAGUCGUCUUCGCCACUACACGUGAAAUUGCCAGUUCAUUUCGCCCCUUUCAAUCCUGACCUAAUUAACAAAGAAUUGAAAAAUGAUCUUUCUGAAGUGUCUCUCCUGCAUAUUUAUUUUACUAACGCGACAAGUGUUGAAGAUUAUCGUUCAAAAUGGCGUCCUGACAUACAAGAAUGGGUCACGACAGUAAGCAAUGUAAGUGGAGUAGAGUGGCUUGUAGUUUUUGACAGCACCAAAGCCCGUGAAAAGAAGAACAGGGGUGCGGUUCUGGAGAAGAUUAAAAAUGAUUUUGCGAGACUCGUUGAAAUUGACGGAAAUGUUGCUGAUUCAGUGCUUUCUUUGCCAACAACUGCCAAAGACCGAAUGCUAUCCUUUUUGGAUAAGGUCGUCGCUGAGGAGGAAAAAAAACUUUCUGAUUUUAAGGAGGAUUAUUAUAAACUGGACUUCAAUUACGUUGGAUACAGUAAUGCUCAAAUGCGAUUGAUACGGGUCUACUAUUCAUUAAAUGUAAUUGAAAGAGUGUUGGCAAAACUAGACGAGCUUGAUGCUUUGAUCUCUCUUAUUGUGGGAUACUUCGUCAGCCAAACUAUCAGACCAAAAUGGAUUUCUGUUGGUGAAGCUGCUGCAAGCGAACUCGGUCCCUUGUGCAGGUUUAGGAAAGAUGAAACUGCUUCGUUCUUAACGUGGCUUAACGGUGGUACAAAACUUCUUGAGGAAAUCAACUGUCCAAGCGUUAUUGUCGAGCUUAGUGAUGCAGUUUUUAGAGAUUCUAUUCGCGAAGAUGAACGAUUUGCAAACUUUGUUCACAAGUGCUUUGAAAAUGCAGUCAUUCUUUUGGAACAGUAUGGAUGGGAACGGCAGCAGCGUUUGAUUGAAUAUGACCUUGCACUUCUUCUCCUUGGUUUUAACCGUCCUAAGGUUGCUGUUCCUUACCUAAUGAAAGUUAUUUUUUUGUUUCUUCGUGACGAAUCCUCUUUACUUGCUGAGCUGUUGUCUUCUGUGGUUAAACAUCUGGAGCCCUCUUUUGAAGUAUAUGCCAAAGAGAUGGUACAGUUUUAUGCGAUUUUGUCAUUACAAGGAGAAGAUGAGGAAGAGUCUGUAUUUUAUUGUCGUAAACUGAUAGAAGUGCUUGAGAAAGGAAACAUUGGGAAGCCUAUGUGGUCCCCAGAGAUGUCGAAGCGUUACAUACCUUUACGGGCAACACUUUCUUCCACUGUUCCUCAGAUUAUUGCUACUCCUGGUGAAUUACUAAAAAUGUCUCUUUGUGUCUUCAACAAGUUUCCGUUAUCGCUUCCGAAUUGUGAUGUUCGUUGCAUUUUCAAGAAAGUGACUUCAGCGAAAUCUGUCACAAAUAGUGAGCGAGGUCUUCGUUACAAAUGUUCUUACUUCGCUUCAGAAGGAGUUGCUCGAUUCGGAUAUGUUUUACCAAGGCGAAAGUCUUCAAAUAAACUUGUCUGUGAAGAAGAGCAAGCUGUCUACGAUAAGAAAAUGGACAGGACCUUUAUUGUUUUUAAAAAUAUUGAAAGUCUUCCGUGUUCUCUACCUUCUGGUCAAACAGUAUUGGAGCUUCAAGCUAAAUCAGCGAAUCAGGUUUUUGAAGAUUUUCAGGCACAAUAUUUUGGCACUUUUGCUUUGGAACAUGUUGUAAUUACGAUUAUGAAUUCUUUAAAAUUUUCGUUUACCUUGUCUGAUCUGCUGGAAGCCGACUUCAACACGUCGCUGCGUCCAAUCUGUUUUAUAUACAAAAAAAUGCCAUCUGUCCGUUUAAAAAAUCAAACAAAUGAUUUGUAUGCUGGCGUUUCCCAACUAAUAGAAAUUGAACUAUUUUUUGGCUCAGAAGUUGAUGUUGAGAAGGAAUACUUUUUGGAAGUGGAGACUGCUGAUCAUUCAGCUGUUGAAUUUUGGAAGCCCUCGGACUCCAAGUGGUCACGAAAGUGUAAACUCUCUGCUGGAAAAGGCUCGCCUGGAUUAUCUGCUACCGUACCUGUAUAUGUGUGCUGCCUACUGCAUAACUUGAUAAAAUACUGCUCUGAGGAAAACAAGUCGUUAUUUUUUAAAAAGUUAGUAGUUACUUGGCAAGGUCUUGAAUGGAAGUUUGACAUAUCAUUUAAGCCGAUCUUACAAGUAAAAAAAGCAACGUCUUUGCUCGAAGAUAAGCUCUUAUUGGAUCUGCAGUUUCUCCGUUCAGAUAACUCGUGCUGGGUGGUGAUCCCGGAAGAAGCUGUUGUUACUGCCUGCGAAUCAGACUUGCAAAAGCCCGCAAAGUUACUUAACCCAAAAUUGACGGAUAUCUUGCCUUCAAGCUUAUAUCGUAUUGUCUGGGUUUUGGAUGACGAAAUCAAUCAGAAAAAUGACGUUGCGGAGUUAAAAUUCAAUUUUAAAUAUCGAGUUCGCUCAGUUAAUGGAGUUUAUAAUAAUGUUCCAGAAGCUGUUUAUAACCGAACACACAACUACGACGAUGUUUUUGCCGUUCCUUACAAGAAAGCUUUGUAUGAACUCUUCGCUCAAGUUCUAUCAGCUCAGCCUGGCGCAGUUCUUUGUAGAAUUGAUAGUCCGUGUGAUCUUAUAGUAUCUUUAAGAAGCCUCUCGACAAGAUCUGAGACUGUAAUUAUAUCAAUAGAUGCAGAUGAUGAACAGUGGUCUAUUAAUGAGAAACAGAAAUUUUUACAUGUUAAAGAAAGUGGUCUCGGACAGGCGUCGUUUUCUAUAGUCCCAAAAAUGAUUGGAUUUUUACCUUACCCGUCUAUUGCUGUUUUCCGUUGUCAGCAUCGUAGGUCCAAUUCCGAUAAGUCUGCGUUGCCUCGUUGUGAACAGAAUGAUGUUGGCGCACGUGUUCCCAGUUUCGUUAGGUCUGCUGGGAAGCAAAUACAUGUUUUAGGUUUACAUCAUUCGGCAUCAGAUCAAAAACUGGCUCACGAUAAGACAAGACGUCUUAAAGAUGCAAAAAAUCGUCUCGCAAAGUUGUUUGACUAG